UCUUUCAUAGAUUUGUUUUGUAGAAAAAGAUGAAUUGAUUUGUCGGUAAGGAAUUGAUUUGUCUGUUGCUCAAAGCUCAGAAUCUGAAUGGAACCAUUAGCAUCAAUCUACGAACAUGAAACCGACGACAUAUUCACCGACGCACUUCACCACUAUUCCGCCGAUUCCCCGCCGGAAACUUCCACCUCCGAUUCCACCCUUUCACAUUCUAACCCCAUCUCCUCCCAACCUCACGAUCCCCAUUCCAACCCACCCUCUCCCUCUCCGGCCACCACACUUCGCCGCCGGUCAAUUCGUCUCAGAAACAACCAAUCCUCCGAUUCCACCACCAAUACCGAUUCAACAAAUGUUACCAAAAAAAGCUUCCGACAUCACCCAAGGUAUAGGAAUCUCAAACAAGAUGAGAAUUUCACCGCGAAACCCUAUUCCGAUGAAGCGAACAACGAGGAAUCCACCGUAACUACAGCUACAAAUGACGCUGAACAUGAAGGUUCCGUUGACUCGGCUUUGCGAAACACCGAUUCGAAUUCGAGUUUUCUCGAAUUGGUAGUAGAGUUAGUGUUAAAGGCAUUAGGGUAUCAAAUCAAGUUAAUCUUUAUGUUUGUAAGUUUUCCAUUGCUAUUCAUGUUUCGAUGUUGCUUGUUUUUCAUGGAUCCUUUUGGGACAAGAAAAAUAUGCAAAAGUAUUUUCUUUGGGAUUUUGUGCAGAGUGUGGAGUUCUAUGUUUGGAUCCAUUAAACCCUAUGUUAGGAAAUAUUUUAGAGGGAAUGAAUCAAUUUGGAGUGUAAUGUUUAGGUUUGGAUGGGGAUUGUUAUUGUCACUUUAUGUUUGUUGUAUUUUGAUUGGUUUGUUAGUUUCUUCGUUUGUGUUUAGUGGGUUUUUGAUGAAGUGUUUCGUGGAGAAGCCGAUUCAGAUGAAGGAGGUUUUGAAUUUUGAUUAUACGAAGCUUAGUCCGGUUGCUUAUGUUCCUAUAAUAUCAUGUGAUGGUGUUGUUAGAGGGAAAGAUUCCGAGAAUAAUGUUGAUGUUGGGAAGUUGAUGAUGAUGGGUGAACGGGUUAUACCUUCGAAACACCAAGUACAAGUUACGGUUUCUUUGAGAGUGCCUGAGUCGGGAUACAACAGAAAUCUUGGAGUUUUUCAGGCCAGGGUGGAUUUUCUAUUGUCUAGUGGUAAAAAGAUUGCAAGUUUGAGUCAACCUUGCAUGUUAAGAUUCAGAAGCGAACCUAUCCGCUUAAUCAUGACUUUCCUCAAGAUUGCUCCUCUCAUUACUGGCUAUACAUCUGAAACCCAGAUUCUGAAUGUCAAGAUGAGAGGUUUCAUUGAAGGGAAUAUACCUACUUCGUGCUUGAAAGUGACACUCGAGCAACGACCAGAGUAUCAACCGGGUGCUGGCAUUCCUGAAUUAUAUGAUGCAUCUCUUAUUGUUGAGUCUGAACUUCCCUUUUUCAAAAGGAUCAUUUGGCAUUGGAAGAUGAGCAUAUUUAUUUGGAUCGCAAUGAUGUCGCUCUUCACAGAAUUGAUUUUUGUUCUAGUAUUUUGUAGGCCUAUAAUAAUUCCAAGAACAAGGCAAAGGGUAGCGGCAUCUGCUCGUGGUCCUGCAACUUCGGCCAGUCUUCAGACACAAAGUUGAGACUUCUAAUUUCCAUGCAUUGUUGCAAUGAUUGUAGUAAGUUUCUGUUAACAGUUCAACCUUGCAUAUUCUGACUUGUAACCUAUGUGGCAAUAAUCCUAACAUCUCCUUCUUUUAUUUUUCCUUCUCUUUUAAGUUUCAUUUGUAAUUACGAUGUAAAUUUUUAAUGCCACGAUAUGUAUAUUGUAAUUAUUUUGUUAUAAUGUCAGAAAUUGAAUUUUUGCCGACCUGUUGCUGUGAUGACAACGAAGAAAAUAUUCAUAUAUCUGUUCUAUUAUUGCAUUUGGUCCAUAAUUGAGCUGAACUUCACAAAUUUUAACACCAAUAUGCAUGAAAGAUAAGAAAAAUAUGCACUUUUCGAAACUCUUGUG